UCAGCUUCUAAUUGGUUGUUGAAUUUAAGGUGUCAUGGCAGCUGGUCGUGUGGUUUCAAGGAUCUUCUCUACUGUCAGGGGCACCGGGUUACAAUGGGGGUACAGUGGUCACGGGCGACUGUAUUCAAUCAGUCGUCUAACAGUGCCAGAAAGAAUAGAGAAGAAGCGGAGCGAAGCACUAAUAGGCGGAGGAGAACAGCGGAUUGAGGCGCAGCACCGGAGGGGAAAGCUAACAGCGCGUGAAAGAAUAAGCUUGCUGCUGGAUCCUGGAAGCUUUGCAGAAUAUGACAUGUUUGUGGAGCACAGAUGUGCAGACUUUGGGAUGGAAGAGGACAGAAACAAGUAUCCUGGGGACAGUGUUAUUACGGGACAAGGCCGCAUUAAUGGGAGAUUAGUAUACGUCUUCAGCCAGGAUUUCACUGUCUUUGGAGGAAGCUUAUCUGGAGCUCAUGCACAAAAAGUCUGCAAGAUUAUGGACCAGGCAGUGCUGGUGGGAGCCCCUGUCAUUGGUCUCAAUGACUCAGGUGGGGCGCGUAUACAAGAGGGCGUGGAGUCGCUGGCAGGCUACGCAGACAUCUUCCUGAGGAACGUGUUAAGCUCAGGAGUUGUGCCUCAGAUAUCCCUCAUUAUGGGGCCGUGUGCAGGGGGGGCUGUUUAUUCGCCAGCUCUCACUGACUUCACAUUCAUGGUUAAGGACACAUCCUACCUCUUCAUUACUGGCCCAGACGUUGUAAAGUCCGUCACAAAUGAAGAUGUCACACAAGAGGAUCUUGGUGGUGCCAAGACACACACAGCAUUGUCUGGAGUGGCUCACAGAGCUUUUGAGAAUGACAUUGAUGCUUUAUUAAACUUGCGGGAAUUCUUUAACUAUCUUCCACUGAGCAACAAGGACCCAUCUCCCAUCCGAGAGUGUUUUGAUCCAAGUGACCGCCUUGUCCCUGGAUUAGAUACUGUGGUUCCUAUGGAGUCCACUAAAGCCUAUGACAUGCUGGAUAUCGUUCACUCGAUUGUUGAUGAACGGGAGUUCUUUGAAAUCAUGCCCAACUAUGCCAAGAACAUUGUAGUGGGCUUUGCAAGAAUGAAUGGAAGGACAGUUGGUAUUGUGGGUAAUCAGCCCAAAGUGGCCUCAGGCUGCUUGGACAUUAAUUCUUCAGUGAAAGGCGCACGUUUUGUUAGAUUCUGUGAUGCCUUUAACAUCCCUAUUAUCACUUUUGUUGAUGUACCUGGCUUUUUACCAGGCACUGCCCAGGAAUAUGGUGGGAUCAUAAGACAUGGAGCGAAGCUUCUGUUUGCGUUUGCUGAAGCUACGGUGCCUAAGAUCACUGUGAUUACCAGGAAGGCCUAUGGAGGAGCUUAUGAUGUCAUGAGUUCAAAGCAUUUAAGAGGUGAUGUCAAUUAUGCAUGGCCAACAGCAGAGGUCGCUGUUAUGGGAGCCAAGGGAGCUGUUCAGAUCAUAUUCAGAGGAAAGCAAAACCAGGCUGAAGCAGAGGCUGAGUAUGUGGAGAAGUUUGCAAAUCCUUUUCCUGCUGCUGUAAGAGGUUUCGUUGAUGACAUCAUUCAGCCAUCCACAACCCGUAUGUGCAUCUGUCGUGACCUUGAGGUUCUUGCGAGCAAGAAACAAGUGAAUCCGUGGAAGAAGCAUGCGAAUAUCCCUCUGUAAGGCAGCGAUCGAUCAUCACUUCAUGCUUUGCGCAUUCCUUUCUGAGAACAAAGGUUUUUUUUAUGUAGGUUUGGUUUGUGUCAAACUAAAAAAAAUAAUACUAUUAAAUAUAUAGAUCACACAUGUCUAUGCAAAAAAAUAUAUAAAGUAAACUGGCAUAAAAUUAUAUACAUUUGGAAUGGACCAUUAUGAAUCUGCCCUAAUUUUAAAAAUGAUGCCAUGCAGUAAAAAAUGUUGCCAUAGCGUCAGACAUGUCAUCUAAAUUUAAAAAUGUUUUAAAUGAAAAGAUAAAUUGUGUUCUGUGUGAUUAAUAUUUUUAUUUAUAUUCUACUACAUACUUUGUAAUAAUAAACCAGAUCAAACCUUUAA